ACCCUAAGUAACCAGCUGUUGGUGAAAUGUGGAUUGUAAACAACUGAUGAGAACGUUGCAGCUGAAUUAUCCUGCUAAUAAUAAAUAAUAAUUACUAAUUAUGUUUAAUUCCAGGUUGAUUAAAGUAGUGGAGACAAAUUACGCCAAGCGAUUUGUUGGCACAUUACAGCUUAAAUCACAAUACGAUGCUGUUAUUAUUGGAGCUGGGCACAAUGGACUUGUAUCUGCUGCAUAUCUUCAAAAAUCUGGAUUGGAUGUUUGUAUAUUAGAACGAAGACAUGUUAUAGGUGGUGCUGCUGUUACAGAGGAGAUAAUUCCAGGUUUUAAGUUUUCAAGGGCCUCAUAUCUGCUCAGUCUCAUAAGACCUCAAAUAAUGAAGGAUUUGGAGUUGAAGAAAUAUGGGCUUAAAAUCUAUUUACGUAAUCCAAGCUCUUAUACACCUUUACUGGAGCCUGCUGGCUUGAAUGGAAAAGCUACAUCUUUGACUAUCAGUAGAGAUUCUAAGAAAACUGCAGAAGAAAUAGCUAAAUUUUCUCUUAAAGAUGCAAAGGCAUUUGGUGAUUAUGAGAAGCAGCUGGACAGAAUAGUGUCUGCCCUUGACCCACUAUUAGAUAACCCACCAGUGCCUAUUUCAAACAAAGGAUUAUCGUUGAAAGAAAAGUGGACUGGAUUUAAAUCUGCCUUAGCUUUAGGAUCUUCAUUAAAAUCAAUUGGCAGUGAUUUACCAGCAUUUUAUGAGCUGAUGACUGCGCCUGCUUCAAAGAUAUUGAAUAAAUGGUUUGAGUCUGAGCCACUGAAGGCAACACUGGCCACAGAUAGUGUUAUUGGUGCUAUGAUAAGUCCAUUGCAUCCUGGGAGUGGGUAUGUUCUGUUGCACCAUGUGAUGGGUGAAUUAGAGGGGAUAAAGGGAGCAUGGGCUUAUGUUGAAGGUGGAAUGGGAGGGGUGUCUCAAGCAAUUGCUAAUUGUGCUGUAGAUCACGGAGCUUCAGUGUUUUGUAACAAGCAAGUGUCUUCUAUUAUUAUGGAGAAAAAUGUUGCUAAAGGGGUUGUAUUAUCCGAUGGAACGGAAAUUAAAGCUAAGAUUGUUCUGUCCAAUGCGACUUCAAAAGUUACAUACUUGGAUCUUCUGCCAAAGGAGUCAUUACCAGAAGAAAUUUUAAGAGAUCUAAAAAAUGUUGAUUUCACAUCUCCUGUCACAAAAAUAAAUGUUGCUGUUGAUAGAAUCCCAAACUUCAGAGCAGAUCCUAAUCGGCGAGAAAAUGAGCCAAUGGUUCACCACAGAUGCUCUAUACAUAUUAACUGUGAGAACAGUCAGCUUAUCCACGAUUCUUAUGUUGAAGCUCAGCAAGGCAAAAUCACCAAACGCCCAAUGGUAGAAAUGGUGAUACCUUCAAGCUUGGACCCAACACUGUGCCCCAGUGGUAAACAUGUGGUCCUACUGUUCACACAGUUCACUCCCUACCAUUUAGCUGAUGGAGAAUGGACUGAGGAAAAGAAAAACCAGUAUGCUGAUCUGGUAUUCAGCAACAUUGAAGAGUAUGCUCCAGGCUUCAUAAAUUCUGUAGUAGGAAGAGAUAUCUUAACACCACCAGACCUAGAAAAGACCUUUGGUCUCACUGGAGGGAAUAUCUUUCAUGGAGCAUUGUCCCUGGAUCAGUUGUACUUCUCUCGUCCUUCCAUCAAUUUAUCUAAUUAUAAAUGCCCAAUUAAUGGACUCUAUCUCUGUGGAAGCAGCUCUCAUCCAGGUGGAGGUGUUAUGGGAGCUCCUGGAAGAUUGGCAGCUCUAGCAGCACUAAAAGAAUUUAAAAGAUCAUAAUUGUUUACUACCGGUCAUUUAUUUAUAAACCACAUUUAAGCAGCUUUUUCUUGUCAAACUAUAUUAAUAAUUACAUAUUUCUUUCACUAAAAUAAUUUCUGUUCUUUGUUUUGUUUAAAUAACUAAUUUUUGUAAUAAAGAUAUAUAAUUUCAAUUUAUCUCAAAAU